CAUCUUUGAUCUUUUUCUCAUCAACAAAAAACCAAUCCACAUCUCCCCACAAAAUAACAAAUUUUUCGUUCCAAAUAAAUAUUAAAAAAAAAAAAACGACAGAGAAAACCAACACAGGCACCGCCAUGUCUUCCUCUCUCGCGGCGAUUCUCGCAAUUCUCAUCCUCCUAUCGCCGCUCGCCACGUCAUCAUCCACCAACACGACCACCGCCGUCGCCGGCGAUGGUGAUAGCCCGACGGCGUACGAUCUCCUGGAGGCGUUCGACUUUCCGAUCGGUCUUCUCCCGAAGGGCGUGAAGAGCUACGAACUGGACAGAGGGAACGGCAAAUUCUAUGCCCACUGGGACGGCUCGUGCAGUUUCUCCUUGGAAGGAUCGUAUCAGUUGAAGUAUAAAUCCACGAUCAGCGGUUGUAUCUCCAAGGACAGGCUGACGAGCCUGUCUGGGGUCAGCGUGAAGGUGCUGUUCUUUUGGCUGAAUAUUGUGGAGGUGAUUCGGAAAGGUGACGAGCUCGAAUUCUCGGUUGGAAUCGCUUCGGCGUCGUUUCCGAUCGACAAUUUCUACGAGUGUCCCCAGUGUGGGUGCGGAUUGGAUUGCGUUAAUGGGAAAAUCAGGAAGCUUAAAUUGAAGAUGAAUAAUAGUCCUUCUGCUUCUUCUGUUUAGUGGAGGCAUUUGGGGAUGGGAUAAAAAAACAGUUUAUCGUCCUUGGACCUAAACUGGGCUGAAGGAUUUUCUUUUUACACUUAAUGGUUAAUGCCAUGACGACAAUGGACUAUUUUAGGGACUAAUUUGCAGUUUUUCUAUUCUGUUUAGCAUGUUGAAAUUAAGGCGGUUUCUGGUUGAGAGAAGUUACAAGUUAUCGAACUCUGAGAAACAUAUUGUUAAAGCUUUGUCAUUAGUCUUACUCUUAUGUAUCUUUGGCAACACCAUUUUGUAUCUUUGGCAAUGAGAGAAAGGGAGAAUCCUUCAGGGCUUGUGAGUCAGGACCAAUUGUUUGUGGUUAUGAUGGUUAUAACAAGUUGUUACUUGAAGUAAUGAUGCAUUAUCAGAGAUGAGCCAGAGUCUGUACCAGACAUUAUUUUGA